AAUUGUCUUAGAGCAGAAGUGUUAGUACGAUUUAUGCAUUUCAGUGGCUAACAUCCGUCACAAGAGCAUGGCACAAUGCUAAUAAAUCAGCUAAUCUGUUGUGUACUGUUCUCCGCAGUGACUGUAUAUAGUGAUUCUAGUGAUAAUCGCGAUAAACGGACUAUAGGCAGCUGGUUAGUGAAUAUAGGGGAUGUUUUUGGCUACGAUGUGCACAAAAGGCCUGCACUGGUGCGCUCCCCAGUGACCUUAUUGGCAGGGGCAAUUCCUGCUGUAGCUCCUGCUGUAGUGGCCUCUCCGGUAGAAGCCAUCGGACCGGUUUUGGCUCAGCAGCGAAAGUUGCCUGGACCGGCGCCUCCACCAGCUGCACCUGCACCUGCUCCGGCUCCGGCUCCGGCUCCGGCUCCGGCUCCAGCUCCAGCUCCAGCUCCAGCUCCUGCUCCGGCACCAGCUGCUGCCCCCGCUGCUGCCCCUCAGUUACUAACAGAAGCCAUCAGAAAAACGUUUAGCGUUAAUUUCAAUUGGGGCAAAAAUGUGCAAACUUUACCACCUCCGGGUAAAGCAGCACCAGUUUUAGUGCCCAUAGCUUUUCCAGCUCCAGCUCCUGCUCCCGCACCUGCUCCUGCUCCUGCUCCUGCUCCUGCUCCAGCUCCGGCUCCAGCCCCGGCUCCCGCUCCACGACCGCCGCCGCCACCACCAAGACCAGCUGCACCUCCAGCUCGUCCGGGAGCGCCGCCGAAGCCUCCUAUGAAGGUGCAACUCUACAAGGAUUAUGACUACGAAAAUGAGAAGAUAACGGUGACGAAUCCACAGAAGCCGCAAAGCGAAGACGAUAAGGAUUACCCUAAAUUAGAUCAACCUCAGAAGGUCCAAAUUGAAUUUCCGGAUUAUUCGGCAACGGACUACGGGUCUGAGAAACGGGAGGUUAAUUAUGAUUAUCUUCAUUCCAAGGAAAAGUUUAAAGAAGGGUUUAAAAACUUUUGGGAAAGUUCACCGUAUACUCAUGAACACGGCUACAAGUUCUUAGCUCCGGAAGAACCGGAAAAAGAAAACUUUCAGCAGGAUGUACCCAAAGAGUCGAAAUAUGAGGAGUACAGUUUAAAACCUAAACACCACAACAGUGUUCGAAGUUUGGAAAGUCCUAAAACAUACAUUUACUCUCAUGGCUUAAAUAUUGAUGAAUUACCUCAAGGGAUGAUGGAUGUUCAUGGAGCACUGAAUGACGACUUAACGCCACUGAACAGUGAAUUGCAGAAACAUAUUUUAGAUUACUAUAGAAGAAAAUUUGCCUCCGAUGCUGCUAGUAAACAAGAAAAGGUUAAUAGGUACACCACCACUGACAAUAUUCAACCCGAUUUUAUUGCACCAGACAAACAUGGUCUUAAUUUGCAACGACUAAACAAAAUAAUCCAAAGAGGAAAAGAUAACUAUUACAAAUUUGAAAAUUUAAGAAACCCUGUUGUGAGAUCCGGAGAAUACGACGAAGUUCCCAGCCGACUCGGGAAUGUGAGAAACAGGUACCAAGAGUCUGAAAAUUUGAAGAAUUUGGAACAACAAGAACAAGUUGACAAAAGUCCAGUAGUCUAUGAAAAUCUUAAAAAACCACUACCCAAAGAUGUUGAACAGAUACCCAAAGUUCAAAAUAAGAAGAAUCGAAAUUCAGAAAAAGAAGAUCAUGAUAAAGAAAAAACACCUGAUAUAAACUUCGACGAAUUAGAUUUACACCCCGAAAAGGAAAUCGAAAAUAUAGAUUUUUCAUCUCCAACGAAAACGCCGAAUAUAGAAACUUCUAAAGAAGAAAGACAGGACUAUUUUAAAGAACUUGAGAAAGCUAUCGACGACGAAAUAGGAGCACGCCUGCAAAAAAAUAAUGAAAAGUACGAGAACAUCAAAGACGAUUUAUUACACAAGCCAAAUAACAAAGAUACCGAUGAAAAAUUGAAAUCUGUAAAUAAACCAACCCCUAUAAAAAUUGAAGAUGUUGAAGAAACAGAAAAUUUUGAUUAUGAAAUGUUACCACAUUUAAGAGGAGAUGAUAAGCAAACUGAUGACAUAAAAGAAGAAACGUCGGAAAAGGCUGAUACAAAAAGCGACGAACCUGAAAAGUCAGAUAGUAAAUCUGAACCGAAUAUUGACGAACACGAUAAACAGUUCGAAAAUAUCAAACAAGAAUUCACAGACCGCCAUAAACAAUUUUCGGAGCAAUUGCCCCAACAAGAACAAGCUUCGAACAAAGAUUUGCUAUCAUUCCAGGAUGUUGAUGGAACUCUGUAUGAAGAAACUGCACCCUAUCAUCAGACAGAGUACGAAAAUCCAGACAAAGAAGCCGAGGACGAAGCGCCAACUUACGAUUUUGAAGGAGCAAAAAAAGAACUGGAACAACAAGUGAACAGCCAACAUUUUUCUGGAUACCAAAAUGACGAUAACGAUAAAUUUAAAAUCUACUUUGACUAUGAUGUCGGCACUGAACAAAAACUGCCCUUCUACACGGGCGAUAUCGAGGGUUACGUAAAGCACGAAUUCGAAAACGACAAGAAAAACUUGAAACAGAAAACCGAAGAUAAUCUGGAAAAUUAUUAUAAAAGUUUAGAAGAAGGCAAUAACGAAGAAGAAGAAGAAAGUGACAACAGAGAAUACGACCCUGAGCGCGAAGUAGAAGAAGAUGAAGAUGCUAAUAUAGAACAUGGUGAAGUGCAAGAAGAAGCCGAACCAAGAAGACAGAAAGAAGAUGCCAAACCUGAAAAAAAGGAAACAACAAAAGUAUCCGCCAAGAAACAGCCGGUUACGUUCAAAGUUAUCCCUUUUGCUGAGAAAACAGAAUCACAAGCGGCGCCAGAUUUCCUAUCAAAUAUAAAUCAUGCGAAUGCGUUUUUAAGCGUCCCGAACUAUUUUGGUGAGCAUAAACAUGCGAAUUCUGGAUUCGAUCAAAAUUUUGAAAAAAACUUUCCUGUGAAGGAAAUUCAGGCGGCUUCGAAAAACACGGAAGUUAUCCAACCUCUUCAUUCGGGAAUAAUUUCCGUGGGAGCUUUACAAGAACUGCAUAAGAGUAACAAGCCUUUAACUAUUCCUUUCGAUUUUGACUACAGCGCGUCUGAAGUGAAGGAGAGGAAAACCAAAAUUGUUAUUGAUAACGAACCAGCUGCAAGUGAGUACACUGGUUAUGAAAAUUAUUAUAUUCCUGAAAAGUAUACAGAAGAAUAUACUUAUACAGUUCCAGAGCCGACGCCAAUUGAUUACGCCAAAUUAGAGGCAAAGGAUUUUGUAGAUGACGAUAAACUUUCGAAAAACGCUAAAGUUUUUAGUAAAGUAUCUGGGAGGAAACAUGCUAGUUUGACCAUCAACGGAGAAUCUUAUCCACUCUAGAGAUAAUUAGCAAAAAUUAGUUUAAUUUAUUGUCGGUUAGACCAAAUAUUGUUAGUAGAUUUUAGACAAUGGAAACGUUGAAAGAGUUUUGUAAUCGUUCCUUAUAUUUUGAUAUCGUUGCACUGUUUUAUAAAAAAUUACGUAAAUGUUAAAAAUAGAUAAAUAUAUUGAAAAAAUAAGUUAAUAUUUGUAAGUUACGACACAUUAUUGCGCUUAAAUUUCUUAUGCUUGUUAACUAUUUGUAUAAUGUUGGUUGUAAUAAAGUUUAAAAAACA